AUGUUGAACCCAACCCCAACCACCAACAAAUUUCCCUUGCUUCGUCUCCCUGAAGUUAUACUUUUAGAUGUACUUCAUAACUAUGAAACUGUUGAAUUAGUAGAUUUAUCUUUGUGCUCAAAAGUUUGCAAAUCCUUAGCCAAGUACAUUGUCAACAAGAAGAAAGCACCAACCGAGUUAUCAUUUUUUGUGGACAAUCAAUUCGAAAUAAGGAUCUCCUUUCAAUGGACAAACAUUUCUUGGACUUUAUAUUUGGACGAUUCUCAUCAAGAUUCGGGACUUAUUAGAGUGGUAAGAUGUUCCGAACAAUACCAAGAAGUCUUGAAGAAAACAUAUUGGCUGAAAGGAUUUUCGGUUCGGAAUUGGCUGGAUCAUAUUUCGUCAAUUUUCAAUGUUCCCCUCCAUUCAAUAUGGAUUUGUGGAUUUAUAACAAAACACGAGAAAUUCUACAUCCAAGAAAUGAUGAAAGGAUUGACGGUGGAGGCUCUUCGAGUUUCAUAUUUUGUUCCUGAUGAUUAUUUGAAAAUGAUAAUGGAAAAAGUCCUAGUCGGGAAACAUCUAACUCUGAAAGCACCAACCAGAAUUCUCCCAUCUGAAACUGUAAAAUUUGAUAUGGAAACAUUAAUAUUCGAAUCUAAUUUCUGGUUGAAACCGAAUCAUGUUUUGGCUAUGAAUUGCCAUAUUAUCGAUUUGGGAACUUCGAAAUGGAAAGCGGAAACUUUCAAUACUUUUAUAAAUUUAUGGAUGGAAAAUAGAUCGAAAUUGAAGAUGCUACAAGCGAGAAGUGUUGAAGGGAAUAAAUGGAGCGAGGAUUUAGUACUGAAAGGAUUGGAUAGUCAGGAAGUAAACUUGAAGAGAACUUUUCAUUUAGAAAACAACUGUUUCUUCAGAGACAUAAAGAUAGAACGAAGCUUUGACAUCAAUUGGAAAGGAACCACUGCAUCAAUUAUUUUGGAAAAUUAUAAUGAUGCUCAGACAAAAUUCAUGUUUCUAGUUUGGCGUGAAACUUGA